AUGGAACAUCGUGCUCCGACGCCACCAUCCCCUGUGCCUACUGCAGCAUCGAUCGAUGAUUCUAUCUUAAUAAUGCAACGAAACGGCGGAAGGCCACAGCUCUCUAGACGAUUCUCAUGCCCACGCUCCGAAGCAAGUGACAAUUUCUUGAGCGAAGCCACUGCACGGCUGGCUCUGAGUGGUGGAGCCAUGACAGUCUCUCCCAUGGAACAGGACAGAUCAAAGUCUCAAGAAUCUGUCCAGUCUCAUCACAGUCAUCCACCGCAUCAUGUCAAUAGCGAUGAUGACGUUCAGUAUCACCGAAUGUCCCAAGGCCGCAUAAUAGAUGAUACAUAUGAGCAAGCAUCAGAACAGGGGUCCUGUAAUGGAUCCGAGGCCGAUUGGGACCAGGGAAAUGCUGAUUUGAACAGCCGAGAGCAGAGGCCAAGAGGCGAACCACAGGCAUGCCUCUUUGUUGCAAGCUUGGCUGCUUCACGAACUGAUAUACAAUUGGUGGAGUCCGUCACGAAGCACUUCGAGCGAUGGGGGCCGCUAUUGAACGUCAAGGUUCUUAAGGAUUGGAUGCAGCGACCUUAUUCGUUUGUGCAGUUUGAGCAUAUUCAAGAUGCACAAAGAGCAAUGAUUGAAGCACAGAACACGCUUAUUGACGGCAGACACAUUCGGAUUGAGCAAGCACGCGUCAACCGCACCCUUUUUCUCCUCCGCUUUGGCCGCGCAGCAACAGAGCAGGACCUUAUUGACGUUUUGGAGCAAUACGGUCCUGUUGAAAACGUAUCUAUCUUCCAGGACCUGGGGCCCGCGAAAAACAAACGAUAUGCUUUUGCAAAGUUUGCGUAUCGCGACGACGCGAUUAGAGCAUAUAUGUCACUCCGAAAUAACUCAAGAUGGACAGUUGAAUGGGCACCUAAUCUUUCCACACAAAACCAAUUUGAAAAGGAGUCUGUGUUUGUAGGUCAACUGAAUCCAGAAUUGACAACCGAGGCUGCUCUCCAUGAGCGCUUUAAGCAAUAUGGCGGUAUUCGGCGGGUUCAUCUUGUGAAAAGAAAUAAGCCAGGGACGAAUCGGCCUACUGCCUUUGCAUUUAUAGAGUUCACGGAUGAGCAAGCGGCUAGACAAGCUAUAGAGCACGAGCAUAAUACCUUAUUUUUCGGUUCAGUGAUCCGUGUCCAGCACCGAGAAGCAAGCGAGUAUCGUAUCCAGCGCCAGAAUGCCGCGUUUCAGGCAACACAGCAUCUUAAUACACCGCACGCCAUUGGACCCCCUCCCAUCAACAUGCCCGCACCUGUCAUUAAUGCGUCUGAAUAUAGAGGAGCAUAUUUGCCCUACCGUGGGCCAAGGGGCGGAAGACCUAUGUAUUAUGCCGCAUACUAUGCAUACCCUCCAGCAGGGAUUCCAAUAGCAGGGCCAGGGUUCCUACCCCAGACGCAACCUAGGGCCAUGUACGUCUCGCCGGGUGGGCUACUUCGGGCACCUACUAGAACACCUGAGACUAACCAAACUUACUACCAAAGGGGUAUUCCUUAUAGCACACAUACAGGACACCAGUCAAUAGCUUCAGAUCAAUUCGGGUCCAGCCAAGAGAUGGCCCAACAAAAUUAUGAAUACACUCCCUAUAUACAAUCACCUGAAGGAGUGUAUUAUCCGUCUCCUGUCCCAGCUCGUGUCUACCUGUAUGACCAAAGCUCACCUGUGGGCACUAUGGCCCCAGUAGGCAUUAAUGGGGUACCAAUAAAUCCUGCUUUACAAGCGACGUCAUCCGUGACUCCAACCAGUGCUAUAUGGCGUAGUUCGACUCGCCAGGGCUCAUUUGAUAGAUCAGGACAUGAUUUGGUAGACCCUCAAGUGCCUUCUGGGGACUCAAGUCAAGUACGUUCUAUGGAUGCAGGCCCCUCAACUGCAAGACCAUCCCCGCCACUUGACUCUCAUACCUUAUCUCGCAGCGUUGUUUAA